GGACAUGUGUACCUACAGUGACAUGGUCCUCAAUAAAGGGAAGUUUGAACGUACAGUUUUAGUUUUCAGUUGAUUAUAUUACAUUGCCAAGGUACUUGUUCAUAUGUUACAGAUGAAGUCAUGUUUAGUUAUUGGAGCAUCACGGGGUAUUGGGCGGCAGAUAGCCUUAUCAUUUUCAGCUAGUGGAUAUAAAGUAGGCGUUGCUGCAAAAACAACAGAAAGUACGGACAAAUUACCAGGGUCUAUUCAUACAGUUGUACAAGAAAUCAAGUCAUCCGGUGGAACUGCGGUACCAGUAAAGUGUGACGUAAGAAGUGAAAAGGAAAUUAAAUCUGCAAUAGAAACUUGUAUAGAAAGGUUUGGUGAUUUAGAUGUAGCUAUAUACAAUGCUGGUGCCAUAACAUGGGACACAGUAAAGGAUACACCUCUCAAACGUUAUGAUUUGAUGCAAAGUGUUAAUGUCCGUGGAGCUUAUUGCAUGGUGCAAGAAAUUCUUCCACGAUUUCUUGAGAGAAAGAAAGGAAAAAUUAUUCUGGUCUCACCCCCCAUAUAUAAUAGAUUUUUUAAAGGGAAGACCCCUUAUGCUAUAACUAAAGUAGGAAUGACAGUUCUUGUACAUGGAUUGGCUAACGAGCUGAAGGAUACAGGAGUCUCGAUUUCUACUCUGUGGCCGGCAACAGGAAUUAAAAGUUUUGUCACAGAGAAAAUGAACCUACCCGAUAAGUUAAUGAGGUCACCAGAGAUAUUUGCUGAUGCAAUGAUGACAAUAGCUAAUGAAAAAACAGACAAAUAUAAUGGACAAGCACUGAUUGAUGAAGAUCUGUUACGUUCUACUGGUGUUACCGACUUUUCAAAAUACAGAUGUGACCCCGAACAUGAACCGGAACGAAUGAUGCCUCGACAGUUCCCAUCGUUAAAAGUAGACGAAGAAAAUUAUGAUGUUUUUCCAAAGCUAUGAUUCAAGAUUACAUUUUUUCUAUCUUUGAUUUCGGCCAUGUGUAGAUAAGUUGUUAACAUUGUUUUGUGGGCAGAAGUUCACAGGUUGGAGGCUAGAAUAAUUUGAAUGAUAAUAUGACACCUGGUUGGUCAAUUUUACCAUGCCAUCACGUCUUGGUGUUCAGGAGUAAAUGAGCUAAACAGAGAAAAUGUGAUAAGAGACGACGAUAAUUAGAUGAAAACCUUUAUAUAACAAUAAAAAUAAAUUCCUUUUGAUUAAAAGUCGAUAUAUUAUAAGAAAUUA